CAUUAUUUAGUUUCCGUAUCCGCUUGUCUUUCUUUCCGGUUUUGUGCCCUCUCGUAGCCAUCAUGAAGGUCGAGUUGUGCAGUUUUAGCGGGUAUAAAAUCUACCCCGGUCAUGGCCGCCGAUACGCCAGGAUAGACGGAAAGGUUUUCCAGUUCUUGAAUGGCAAGUGCGAGGCCGCCUUCCUGUCAAAGAGGAAUCCUAGACAGAUCAACUGGACAGUUCUGUACAGGCGCAAGCACAAGAAGGGCCAAUCUGAAGAGGUAGCAAAGAAGCGCACACGUCGCGCCGUGAAGUUCCAGAGGGCCAUUACUGGUGCCUCUCUUGCUGAUAUCAUGGCCAAGAGGAACCAGAAGCCAGAGGUUCGCAAGGCCCAGCGGGAGCAGGCCAUCAGGGCUGCCAAGGAGGUCAAGAAGGCCAAGCAGGCAACCAAGAAGCCAGCGACCACCACAACAAAGGCUCCAACCAAGGCGGCCCCAAAAACCAAGAUUGCAAAGCCCAUGAAGGUCAAUGCACCACGUGUUGGAGGAAAACGCUAAAUCUGUUUGUGUGGGCUGUUGAUAAAUAAAUCUUUUCUUGGAUAAC